UGUAGGAUGAGGUUGGUUGGUCUGACAGGGGGUAUAGCGUCCGGAAAAACUUCCGUAGCUAGUGUUCUCAAGGAACACGGAGUGGCUGUUCUCUCUUGUGAUGCUGCCGCUAAACAAGUGGUCGAACAAGGGUGUCCUGGCUACAAGAAGGUUAUUGCUAAGUUUGGGGAAGCUAUUCUCCUUCCUUCCGGGGAAAUAGAUCGAGUUAAACUGGGUGAUUUGGUGUUUAAUGAUGCAGAAAACAGAGAUGCUCUCAACAAAUGUAUCCAUCCUGAGAUUGCUAAGGUCAUUAGACGUCACAUCAUCUGGCACUUUAUCAAAGGAACGACGAUAGUUGCUGUAGACAUACCUCUUCUGUACGAGAGUUGCAACAUUAAUCCCUUCCUUCACUCCAUUGUUGUUGUUUACUGCACAGCCGAACAGCAAAAGGUAAGGCUGAUGGACCGGAAUGAUCACUUUACCGAAGAGGAGGCUCAGGCUAGAGUAGACUCUCAGCUUUGUAUUGAGGAGAAGAGAAAGAGGGGCGAUCACGUGAUUGAUAAUACCGGACUUUUCUCUGAAACUGAGCGACAAGUUGCAGCACUGGUUCCCCACCUCAAAGAUGGAAUAGUUCCUAUACAGAAGAUAAUACUUCUGGGCUUGUUUGCUUUGAUUGUGUUCAUAGUAUGGUCUAAAAUGUUUUAGGACAUUGUGACAGUUUAUGUUCUAAUAUGAUAAGAUUCUUUCGCAAAAAAAUGUUUGCAUGAAAUGUUUGUAUUUUGCUACUGGUCUAAUUUGUUAACCGUUUUGAAGAUCUGAUUUUCGUUUUAUGCGCAUGUCUUGAGGUACUUUUUGAAUAAAAUUCUAAUUUGUAUUCACUUGAUUAAAUAAUUUCAGAAAAACUUUUAUCAAUUAAAAAAUACAGAUUUAACAAUUUAUUCAAAUAUUAUCCGGUAAUUGGCCAAUCCCUGUGCGCGGCGUUCUUUUCAAGCUUCUUGAACAAUAGUCGCAACUAGAUUUCGACCGUUCUCAGAUAUAAACCCUGACCUGGGUACCAGUGUACCAGUGUACCAGUUGCAAAACUAACGUUACAGAGUAGCUUAAUGAUUAUAUUAAUUACGGAUUUGAUGUUUGAGAAUAUGCAUAUUUAAAUUGGCUUGCUUAUUGCUCCAACUAAAUGAUUUGAAUUAAAGUAAUUGUGUUCAGAUCAUAUAUAAUUUAUUUCGUAGUUCGUUUAAAUAUUAAACCUUCCUUUGAUUCCUAUAUAAUGAUACUUUUGAAGUGUUUUCUGAGUUUCUGGUGGUUUAUUGUUAAUCGUUGUGUGGUAUAUAUCAAUAAAUCUUCCUAUGAUUACUAUAUUAUGAUAUAAUUAAAGUUUUAAUUUUUUCUGAAUAGAUUUGUUUUUGAGAUCAUGAUUUAGUUGUUUGUUGCUGGAUAUUUUCACCUCACCCUUUAGAACCGCUCUGACGUGGUUAGUACCUGACACUUGUGUCAGUUACUAACCAUAUGGGCGGUAUACAAGCACAUUAUUUCAUUUCAUUCGUAGUUGAACACAUACAAAUGGAUAAUAUGACCAAUGAAUAUGACUCGUUUUUGUGAAUUUAAACAUUUGCCCAAAUUU